GGUAGUAGUGGAGGAUAGCAUUGCAGCAAAGGCAAAGAACUAUUGUGCUAAAUUGUAGUACGGGAAGCUGGUGCGAAACAAACUUGUGAACUUGUAAAAUACGCGUACAUAUACAUACAUACAUACAUGUAUGAGAAGAACAGUGAAGCCAGUGAACAUUGUUGAUUGUUCGCUGAUUCGCUCCCUUUCAAGUUUCAGUAUAUUUCGGUGAAUUAGUUGCGGCCAUUGCACCUAUCCCUUAGAUUAAUUCUUGGCCAAGCAUGAUAGUUAUACGACGGUAAAGAGUUCGUGUGCCUCGUAAAUCCCAAUCAUUUAACAAGUGGUUCUAGUUCGUUGUCAACCCCAAGUAAAAAUUUAACUUUGGGUUAAGAAACAAGAUAAAAACUACGUAAUACCUGCCCUUCGUACCCACCCCGCAGUAAGUACGGCUCAAAACUUGGGUGCAUGCUUACAGUUCUGCAGGCAGGCUCCCAUCCCGGUACCUCGGCACAUCUUACCUGCCCCAACAGCCGAUAAUCCAAUUCGAUCCUCACCCCAUCCUCGUAUUUUCCGGCGCUCCAUAUUACCUAGAGUAAGUACAUACACACGUACUUACGCGUAGCAGCACCAAUACAGCAUCAACUACCGGAGCUACAACGUAUACAAGUCGUUGCACCGCCGCCUCGCCAAAAUGGCUGACAUCGAAGGCAAAAAACUGACCGAACUCCGUGUCAUAGAUCUGAAGACUGAACUCGAGCGACGGGGUCUCGACAAAACAGGAAACAAGGCUGCUCUCCUCGACAGACUUUCUAAGGCCAUCAUUGAUGAAGGCGAAAAUCCAGAUGAAUAUUUGAUAGUUCCGUCUGGUGGAGUCAGAGCUAGCCCUAAAAAACCAAUUGACAGUUCAAUUUUGAUAGAAGAAGCGUUAGAAACUGAUAUUCACAAAAAUGAGUUGGACAGUAAAAUAGAUAACUCUGAAAAAUCUGCAUCAAAUACAGUUGACAACACCGAAGAGCUAGUUAUAAAUAUUUCUGCUCAUCCAGAUGAAUUUGAAAUGGAAUAUCAAGAAACUGAGCAAGAACAAGAGCAAGAACCAACUGUCACAACUACAAGUGAAGAAGAGCCUGCUUCUAAUAAAAGAACAUUUAUGUCUGAAGAUGAAUCUAGCAAUAUUUCUGCUGUUGAAACUAAUGGAAUUGAUAACGAAGAUUCAAUUAAUUUGACAAUUGGAGAAGAUGAAGAAAAUCUUCUUGCUGAAGAGGAAGAGAGCGAGAAAGAUGCAGACAGAGCAAGAGAGAGUGACCGUUAUGCUACCUUGAUUGUCCCAGCAGAUGGAGGCGUUAAAAAACGAUUGGAAGAAAGUGACAAUGUCAGCGUAGGCAGCAACAACAACGACAGCAACAGCAGUAGUGGUACCAACAACAAUAACAACAGCAACAGCACUACCAGCAGCAGCAACGCCAACAAGAAGGGAGACUCUAAAGGGAGCGGUAGAGCAGAGGCAGGCGCCAGCAGUGGCAGUAACACCGGCACCAGCAGCAACAAGGAAGGAAGCUCGAUCUCGACCUCGGCAGCUUCAUCAGGUGCCAGCGCGACGAACCUCAAAAACAAGCCAGAUGGAGAGGGAUGCAAGAGCAGUGAUACGGCAAACAAAAGCUCAAAAAAAGACGAGAAAAUUUCACCAAAUGCUAGCAGUAGAAAUCUCUGGGUUUCUGGAUUGUCUUCAACUACUCGUGCAACCGAUUUAAAGCAAAUAUUCUCAAAAUAUGGGAAAGUCAUUGGAGCAAAAGUGGUUACUAAUGCUAGAACUCCUGGAGCUCGUUGCUACGGCUACGUCACAAUGUCAAGUAGUGACGAUGCCGAAAAAUGUAUUGAACAUUUGCACAGGACAGAGCUUCACGGAAGACUCAUAUCUGUUGAAAAAGCAAAAGGUGAUUCUCAACAAGGUCAUAAUCGGAAGCGAGAAUUAUCAAGCAGCAAGACAGAUAAAAAGGAUGAGAAGGAAAAAUCCAAGGAGUCGGAAACUGUAGAGAAAGAAGACGACGAAAAAAAUCCGGAGGCUGAUGGAGAAGAGGGUGGGAAAAAGAAAAAAAGUGACGAGUCGUCCAAAGAAGUGGACAGCAAGGCAGGAGCCGAAGAGUCGGCCACUGAGAGAGAAAAACGAGAAAACAGUUCUGAAACAAAGGACGAGGGAUCUCUGAAGGAUUGCGACACGCGGUCAAACAAAUCUUCCAGCAAAAAGUCGGAUCGAGAGCGUGGCAACAGUCGAGAGGACAAAAAACGCUCGUGGGAUAGAUCGCGCACUUCCAGAUCCAAGAGUCGAGAGCGCACCCGUAGAGAUAACGUACUAUCUUUUGAUAAAAUAAAAGAGGAGCGCGAGAGACAACGUCUGCGAGAAAAGGAGCGCCUUCUGCGCGAAGAGAAGCGCCGCCGACGCGAGGACAUUGAGCGCCAGCGAGCAAUAGAGCGCGAAGCCGCUCGGCUGGAGCGCGAGCGAGAGAAGCUGCGUCUGGAGCGGGAGCGCAUCGAGCAGGAGAAGGUAGAGUUGCUGCGGCUGGAGCGAGAACGAGAGGUGCUCGACGAACGCAAGAAACUGGAGCGCGAACGCAUCGAGCUGAAGCGAACUCAAAUGCGUGUGGAAGAGAACCGCCGGGGCAUCGGGCCACCGCCACCACCUUCAGGAUCCUCAUCGGGCAUCAAACGUGGCGGUGGAGAGAGGCCACGCGACACCUACGAGCCCGAGCGCAAGCGGCCAAACACUGAUCGCAGACACAGUUCGGAGCGUCCCCCGGUCGGUGGAGGUGGUAAUCGGCGCAUGGACUCCUCGGGGCCGGGUGGAGGACGUUACGACACCGGGCGAGCCAAGGACCAGGGCCCACCUGUGCACAAGCCUGGCUUCAAGCGCGCCAAUGACUUUAAUCCUCGCAACAACCCCCGCUCGGACGAUCAGUACGAAAUGUCCGGUCGGCCGGCUGGCAACAGAGACGGCAUGAUGCGCAGGGAUGUGGGAUCGCGACCCCAUCAGAACUCUAUGGACAACCGACCCAUGAAGGACAGGUACGAACGUCCCUCGGGAUUCAAUCGUGAACGCGAAGUUCAUCGGUCGGAUGACAGCCACCGAGGUUCUAGGGACAACCACAAUAAUCGUUUCGACAAUUCAAAGCCCGGCAAUCCACGAGAUGGACGUUACGUGGAUAAUAAUCGGCAAACUGGAUGGCAUUCUGGACCCCCGUCCAAACCAUUCAAUUCCAUGAAUAAUCGGAAUGAACAGUCGGGCUGGAAUAAUCGAAAUUCAGAUUCGAGACCCAACAAUAGAUGGAACUCCAACAUAGGAGGAAAUAAUAUGGGACACCAGCGAUCACAGAUGUAUCAAGGUGGUGGACCUUCACAGUCAUAUGGAAUGUCACAAGGAAACAGCGGUUCCUAUGAUAGAUUUGAUCCUUACAAAAAUAACAUGCAAAAUAUGAGAAAGUACUGAGCUGGAAAAAAUGUAAUUAACAACUUAGCAAGUAAUAUUUUACACUAGGGAUAAGAAUGCAAAAAAAAGAUUCGCAAUUAUGUAAUUGAAACUCUUGAUUGUUGACUAAAUCAUACUUCUUGAACCAAUGGCCAAUUUUUAAGUCUUACUACAAACGAGAACUGAUUUUUUUUUUAAAUCUUAUGAUUCACACAGAUUUAAUGAAUGAUACGGGACUGUAUGAAACUGUCAUGCGAUUGAAUUUUUUAAGCAUACUCCACAUAGGUUUAGCUGUACAUCAAUCGGCAGUUCAAAUAUACUUGAUAUCUAAAAGUUAUCAUCCAAGAAGUGUAGGUCAUUAUAUAAUAUGCACAAUUAAGAUGUACGUAUUUACAAUAACAACAACAAAAAAGCAUUGAAUUGAAAUGCUUCACUAAAGAAAAUUGUAAUUGUAAUUAUAUUGGUACUUGUCCGAGUAGGAAUAUUAUACUUAAAGGGAGCAAAGUCGAUGUAUAAUUGAAGAUAUAGACAUUGCCGAGGAAUAUAGAUGCCACAUACUUCCGAGAUGUAAAAACAAUGAUUCAUAAAAAUAAUAAUAAAAUACACUAUUAGUAUUGAAAAA